UCUUCCUCAUAAUAACAAAAUAUGGAGCUCAUCAAUAUUAAAUUAGUUGUUCCAAUUCUCAUAUGGGUUCUUAUGAUCUUAUUCUCCUCAUCAUUUUCAAAUUCAUUGGAUGAUAAUUUUCUUCAAUGUCUCUCUCAGAACUCAAACAGUACAAACACAGAUUUUGUGUUCACCCAACAAAACACAAAAUUUUCAUCUGUUCUUGAGUCAACAAUCAUAAACCUCAGAUUUUCAACCUCUAAAACUCGGAAACCAUUUGCUAUAAUCACACCCUUGACAUAUUCUCAUGUACAAUCUGUAGUACUUUGCUCCAGACGUUUCAAAUAUCGAAUGAGAAUUAGAAGCGGUGGACAUGACUAUGUAGGAGCUUCAUACACUAGUACAUACGACGACAAUGUCCCUUUUGUGGUUCUUGACCUUAAAGAACUGCAGUCCAUAAAAAUCGAGUCAAGUAAGAAGACUGCUUGGGUGGAGUCCGGGGCAACGAUUGGCCAAUUGUAUUAUUGGGUGUCCCGGGAAGGUAAAAAUCUAGGAUUCCCAGCUGGGAUCUGCCCCACGAUAGGCGUUGGUGGGCACCUAAGUGGAGGGGGGUUCGGUACUAUGGUAAGAAAGUAUGGUCUAGCUGCUGAUAACGUAAUCGAUGCCAAGAUUGUUGAUGUCAACGGGCGACUUCUUGAUAGAAAAUCCAUGGGGGAAGAUCUGUUUUGGGCGAUCAGAGGAGGCGGGGGAGGGAGUUUUGGCGUUGUAGUCGCUUGGAAGGUGAACCUUGUUCAAGUUCCUGAAAAGGUUUCGGUUUUUAGUGUUUCCAGGACUUUAGAACAAGGUGGUUCGGAUGUUUUCAACAAAUGGCAGUACGUAGGACACAAGUUAAGCAAAGAUUUGUUCAUUAGAGCCAUAAUACUAGCUACGACAAACGGGGCAGGACAACGAACAGUUCAAGUUCUGUUCAACUCCAUGUUUCUUGGAAGAGCCCAAAAACUCCUUGAAACUGUUAAACAAAGUUUCCCUGAAUUGGGUUUACAAGAAAACGAUGUCAGUGAAAUGAGUUGGAUCCAGUCCAUACUGUAUUUCAACAAUUAUCCAAAAGGAACAAGCAUCGAUGUCCUUAGAGACAGGAAACCCGAUGCCAGAAGGUACUUCAACGGUAAAUCAGAUUAUGUGAAAGAACCGAUACCCAAAGAAAGAUUACAAGAUGUAUGGAGAUGGUCUCUGGAGAUAGACAACCCGGUCCUUAUAAUGGAGCCACACGGUGGAAGGAUGGACGAGAUCGCGGAAACCAGAGUUCCUUACCCUCAUCGAAAAGGGUAUUUGUAUAACAUACAAUACUUCGACAGUUGGGACAACAUUGAAGCAUCUGAAAAGCAUGUAAGUUGGAUGCGAAGGAUUUACGAAAACAUGACACCAUAUGUGUCAAAGAACCCGAGGGCAUCUUAUGUGAACUAUAGAGACUUGGAUCUAGGUAAAAAUCGCAAUAACACAAGCUACUCGGAAGCCAUGAAGGGGUGGGGAAGCAAGUACUUUAGUAACAAUUUCAAGAAGCUGGCAAUGGUGAAAGCCGCGGUCGAUCCAGACAAUUUCUUCUAUUCUGAGCAGAGCAUCCCGCCUCUAACUAUGAGCUAAUUAAUCAAUCAAGGGAUCAACGUACACGUACACUACUAAUUAACAUAUCCCUCUAAAUCAAACUGUUAUAAUCGUUUAUAUAUAUAUAUAUGGUUGUUAAUCGUUUACGUUAAUGAACUUGUUCUUGAAGGGAA